AUGUCAACAAAAGCCAAGGGAUUAAAGGACCUCAUUGACAUAGUAAUGUUUGAUGUCAAAGUCAAAAUUGUAAAAGUUAAUCGUGAAUUACAAAAACGGAAGCGAACCCUUGCCAGCAUACAAAUUUAUGAACACAGAUAUGAACAAUCAGCUAAUAGAAUGGUAAAAUUCCUCUUUUUUCUUAAAACCACAUUUGUUCCUAAGAUUAAAGAAGAUCUAUUUAUCACAAAAACCGCCUUGCUCUCCCUGACUAUGAAUAUCAACAUAAUCAAAAAUAUAAACAAAGAGGAUGUGAUAAAGUUACUGAGUAAAAUCCAAAUCACAGAGAGAAGGAAAAGACAAGUAAGAGAUGAAGAUCUGCUGGUACUGAUGUCUACACCUGUGUUACGGAAAAUGGUUAAACUGAAAAUGUCUGGAGGGAACACUCUGCAACAGCUUACAAGUGAAGCUAAUUAUAACUGGUAUAAUAUAUGUGGAGCACACACAGUGAACAAUAAAGGUGAAUUGAUUUAUAAAGGCACUAGUAACAGUAUUAUCAAACUUUCUACAGAUAACAGAACCCAGUCAACAUUGAUAAAAGGAACUGACCCAUGGGAGCCAGUGUGUGUGUAUUCCUCUCCCGCCAACGGCGAUCUACUGGUCGGGAUGCUUAGUUAUGUUGACAAGACAUGCAAAGUAAACCGUUACAAUAGUACAGGACAACACAUACAGACAAUACAACAUGACGGCAAGGGUCAACAACUGUACAGGGUACCUAGAUAUAUCCUAGAAAAUCCUAAUAGAGACAUCAUUGCGUCUGACUAUAACCAGGUAGUUGUAACAGAUGAUGGAGGAAAACAUCGCUUCUCGUACACAGGAUCUCCAUCAGAAUCACGGCUACAACCUAAUGGAAUCUGCACAGACGCUCUGUUACAUAUUCUACACAGUGUGUGA